CCAGGGGCUGGGGCAGGGGAAGCCAGGACCAUCGCAGUGACAAUUUCUUUUCCUGCGGCGGCAGCAGGGUGAACAGCUCCAGGUUUGGAGUCAGCGGCCUGAGCGCGGUUUUGCAAGGACGCUGUUCCACUCCGGGACUGGGCAGGCAGACUACGACCCGGAGGAAGAAUAGGAGGAAGGGGAGCAACAUACGAGCCUGAGUGGAACUAGCAAAGCUCUUCGGCCCGCAGAGAAGCGGGAGGAAGCACAGCGUGGCGAGCGAAUGGGCGCCUCCUAGCUGGGUGCCAUUAUCAGCCCGCCGCAGUACCUUCCAGCAAAAGCCACAGAGGCCCGGGUUGUAGCGGCCAGACGGAUGCCAAAGCCACACCGCACGCAAGCGGGCAGCCGCCGCAGUCGCUGCCCCACGCGGGCCCCGCACAUCAAGGGCUGCUGAUGAAGUGAUUGGGAAGAAACAGUGAACACCUUCCUUUUUGUAGACGGAACAACAUGGAACAACCAUUUACUCUGAAUUCUCUGAAAAAGUUAGCUGCCAUGCCUGACCAUACAGAUGUCUCUCUGAGCCCAGAAGAGCGAGUCCGGGCCCUCAGCAAGCUGGGUUGUAAUAUCACCAUCAGUGAAGACAUUACCCCACGCCGCUACUUCAGGUCUGGAGUAGAAAUGGAGAGGAUGGCAUCUGUGUAUUUGGAAGAAGGAAACUUGGAAAAUGCCUUUGUUCUUUAUAAUAAAUUUAUAACCUUGUUUGUAGAAAAGCUUCCUAGCCACCGAGAUUACCAGCAAUGUGCAGUGCCCGAAAAGCAGGAUAUUAUGAAGAAAUUGAAGGAGAUUGCGUUCCCAAGGACAGAUGAAUUGAAAAAGGAUCUUUUAAAGAAAUACAAUGUAGAAUACCAAGAAUAUUUGCAAAGCAAAAACAAAUAUAAAGCCGAAAUACUGAAAAAACUGGAGCAUCAGAGAUUGAUAGAGGCGGAAAGAAGGCGAAUUGCUCAGAUGCGCCAGCAGCAGCUGGAAUCUGAGCAGUUUCUGUUUUUCGAAGAUCAACUCAAAAGGCAAGAGUUGGCUCGAGGCCAGAUGCGAAGUCAGGAGACCCCUACACUGUCGGAGCAGAUUGAUGGAAGUGCUCUGUCCUGCUUUUCCACACACCAGAACAAUUCCUUGCUGAAUGUAUUUGCAGAUCAGCCUAACAAAAGUGAUGCAACCAGUUAUUCUAGCCAUUCUCCUCCAGUGAACAGGGCCUUAAAGCCCGCGGCUACUCUAAGUGCUGUUCAGAAUUUAGUGGUUGAAGGACUGAGAUGUGUAGUCUUAUCAAAAGAUCUUUGCCACAAAUUUCUGCUACUGGCUGAAUCUAACACCAUAAGAGGAAUAGAAACCUGUGGAAUACUUUGCGGAAAGUUGACACAUAACGAAUUUACUAUUACCCAUGUGAUUGUGCCAAAGCAGUCUGCAGGGCCAGACUAUUGUGACGUGGAAAAUGUAGAAGAAUUAUUCAAUGUUCAGGAUCAACAUGAUCUCCUCACUCUGGGAUGGAUCCACACACAUCCCACCCAGACUGCUUUCUUGUCCAGUGUUGAUCUUCACACUCACUGUUCCUAUCAGCUCAUGUUGCCAGAGGCUAUUGCCAUUGUUUGUUCACCAAAGCAUAAAGACACUGGCAUCUUCAGGCUCACCAAUGCUGGCAUGCUUGAGGUUUCUGCUUGUAAAAAGAAGGGCUUUCAUCCUCACACGAAGGACCCCAGGCUAUUCAGUAUAUGCAAACACGUGUUGGUUAAAGACAUAAAAAUAACUGUGUUGGAUCUGAGGUGAUAUGUUCCAUUAUAAGCACCAUCAACACCAGACACCUGCCCAUGGACAUGUAGUUGCUGGAUUUUCUUAAGAUGUUUUCAGAAAUGACUGAUAUUUUAUAUUUAUACAUUUUAGACCAGAAAGUUUGAUAUUUAUUGCUAUUGCACAUUUUGAAGUUUUUUUUUUUUUGGAUUGCUCUGUUUCAAGAGAAGUCACAUGGUGUUAAAUCAAAUACCUAUUAAUGUACCCAAAUACUAUUACCAGAUAAUAAAUUGUGCUGAAAAAAAAAGAAGGCUGGUAUUUCUAGAGAUCUCUGCAUACAUGUUUAGAACGUUAGAUAUUUUGCUAUAUAUUUUUUUUUAAAUCAUGUAAAAUGUAAUUU